AUGAAUGGCGAUGUGUUUUUCGAUUGGUUAAAAGGCGUCAUUCCAUUACUUAAAGACAAUUCUGUCAUAGUUAUGGAUAAUGUGCCUUACCACUCGGUAAAAUUAGAAAAAUGCCCAACAUUAAGCUGGAAAAAGGCGGAAAUUGAAAGUUGGCUUGAAGAAAAGGGUGAACCAUUCCAAAGGCCGAUCAACAAGGUACGACUCAUGGAUAUCGUCAAAAGUAUUAAACCGCAGUUCAACAAGUUGGUUGUUGACGAAUACGUUAAAACUAAAAAUAUGACGGUAUUACGGACGCCACCAUAUCAUUGUGAGUUGAACCCAAUUGAACUUGCGUGGUCGUCCGUAAAAAGGUAUGUGAAAACCAACAAUACCACAUUCAAACUUCCGGAUGUGAAAAAACUUUUGAUUGAUGGUGUUCACCAAUGCACUCCCGAAAUGUGGAAGAACUGUGUCGAACACGUCAUCAAAAUAGAAGACAGAUUUUGGAAUGUGGACAUAACUGUCGAUGAUGUGAUGGAUGACGACAAUUUACAUGUAAUGACUAUCACUGGGGACACGUCCGAUUCAGACGAUCUAGGAUGUGAAACUUUAGAGUAA